GUUCAUUUGCGAGCAAAGAUCCAGUGCUCUUCAGCCACCGUAACAAUUCUCUUCUCCACCACAAAACGGUCACUCUGUAAUUACAACUACCGCAGUUGCCCGCCUUUUUUUCCGGCAAGUUCAUCCGUUUAUUUCACGCAUCCGCUGCAACAGAUUCAAACGCGCGAUCUCUUUUUUCCUUCAAUGUUAAGGAGUGUUCUGGUUGUCCAUGGAGGCUAUUGAACUGAUCGAUUGAAGUGGAAGUGUGGGAACGGCAAAAUGGUAAGCUGUUGCUUGUUAUACUUGUUCAAAAGUUCAAAUUUGAUUUCUAAACGUGUAUUAAUCUAUUUCCCUUUGCGGGAAACUGGAAAUGCGCUUGUUUGCUGGAAUUUUCCUCAAAUAUUAGUUUGGUUAUGCAUGUAAUGUGUAAUAGUGUGAGGGUGAGGUAAUGUUUAGAGCAAGCCUUGGACUGAAUGAGUAAAGCUGGACAAACUUUGUGUAUCGUCUUACUUUGAUUGUCUUAUCGGACAAUUGUUGAUCAUAUCUCUUGUUACUUUGAUCAAACUAUUUCUACAUGAACUCUUCUUUUUUGUAAUCAUUUUGCUUUCUAUGGUAGUGAUUCUUUUUUUACUUCAGUUAUUCCUUAUACUAUGCUCUUCUAAACCUCUACCUCACAAACUAGUGGUGGGAAUGUGGAUGUUCUUUCCUUGCAUCUGUUUACUGAUGCAUAUAGAAGGUUAUAGUGUUGGGAAUCAGAAAUGUCAUUAACUGUUAGUGAUAGAUAAAGGGAAAUGUUGAUCAUUCAAAGUGCCAUUGUUUCUACUUCCGUGGUGUAGUGUGGGGUCUUGUGGCUGAAGAGUGAAAACCCAUAAAAAAUCUAUUUCUGUUGUUCAUAUAUUUCCUUACCCCAAAGAUCGUCAUGUUUGACAAAUCUACAACUUUUUUUAUUUUGCCAAGGUACAACUUUCAUAAAUCAUGGCUGGAUUGUAUACCAAAUUAUCUUCGUUUGAUCAAAUGAAAUUUUUUAGGGACAAAAAAAUGUAUGGAGGGUGACCCUUUUAGGAUAAUGUUAUAAGCAUCAUUUUAACCAGUGUUCCUUUUCUGUCAAGUUUCAAAUUUCUGAAUGCAAUAUAUUUUAUGUUAAUCUGAACUUUCAUAAGUUAAAAUUACCGACUGGGGUACUUGUAUUUAUAAUGUCUAUAGUCUUUCCAUGGGAAAGAAUUUUGGAUCCCAAAAGGGAUUGGGCAUGUGUCAGAUGAUGAGACAGUCUUUGAUGGAUCAUCCACACUUGGACCAAAGCGGGCCCACCAGUGGUUAGCAGAAACAACUGAACAAGAACUAAUUUCUAACAAAAAACAAGCCAUUGAAGCUUCCUCAGUCAGCAAGCCAGAUUCAAGUUCUCUAUCUUGGGAUAACUUGUCUACUUUUCAGUCCAUUCCAAACCAAUUCGUAGGUCGGCUUUUCGGAUCAGAACAAAUGGAAGGGUCAGUAUGUUUAGGUGAAAGAAACUUGAGGGAAAAGGUGAUCGGUGAAGAGCUUGGGAAUGAUUCGUUUGUUGGUUUGUCAAUGUCUUACAAUAUCGAAGAACCUGAGUCAUGCAUUAAUUACGGUGGAGUUAGAAAAGUAAAAGUUAAUCAGGUCAAGGAACAAAACAUCGGUUUUCCCAUGAAUCAUCAGGAGGUGUACAAUGAGAGAUCUGAAGAAGCUUACAUAUCAAUGGAACAAGGUUAUGGUAAGCAAGUAGAUGACAGUAAUAACAACUCUCCAUUCAGUGGAUAUCAAGAGGAUGCUGAUAUUGAUGCCCUGGGAAGACCAAUUAGCAGCUAUGAAUAUUUUUAUAAUCAAUCCACCGUUCAAACAUCUCCAGUUGAAGUCGACAAGGAUUUAGAUAGAUCAAAUUUGAACACAACAAUUGUUUGCCAGGCUCAAGUUACUAAAUCCAUUCCGAAGACAAAGUCAGAUGAGUGUCGCGCCCAAAAUGAAUGAGCAUACAUAAAUGAGUUUUUGAAAUUUUUUAUACUCAUUUUGUAAGUUAUGUAUGCUCAUUCAGAAUCACUUUAUGCUCAUUUUAAAAGGUUGCACAAAUGAGCUUUAUGAAAUGAGUUUUUUGUUAAACUCAAAUGAGUAUAACGUCCAAAAUAAAUGAGUAUACAUAAAUGAACUUUUGAAUUUUUUAUACUCAUUUUGUAAGUCAUGUAUGCUCAUUCAGUAC